AUGUAUAAUCUUCAUCGUGUAGCUCCCACACUACUGUGCUCAAUACGAUGUUUGAGCAGCAAUCCUGCUCGUUACGUACUCUCUGAGCGUGUGGAUUCCUGCAUACAAAUAUUGACGCUAAACGACGAGAAGCGAGCAAACUGUUUAUCGUUCACUCUGAUUGGGGAAUUGCACAAUGCAUUGUUGGAUGUUCAACGGGAUCAGGACGUACGCGCAUUAAUAAUUCGUGGUGCUGGACGCUUCUUCUCUGCUGGUCACGAUUUGAAUGAGAUGGGCGAAGGUUCGACCGCUGAGUCGCGUUCUAAACUGUUCCAGACAUGUACAGAGAUGAUGCAACAACUCGCUCGUCUUCCUGUUCCCUCGAUAGCUGCUAUUCGAGGGCCAGCUUUCGCUGCUGGUUGCCAGUUAGUGGCCGCAUGCGACUUGGCUGUGGCUGGAGAGAUGGCCACGUUCUCGACCCCAGGAGUCAAACUGGGUCUGUUCUGCAGCACUCCAGGCGUCCCCCUGGUUCGUGCUAUUGGUGUGCGCGCCGCGAAAGAACUUCUAUUAACUGGUCGAACGAUUAAUGCUCAAAGAGCUUAUGAAUUAGGCUUGAUUCAUCGUCUGGUUCCGGAUGAUCAAGUUUUGGAAUCCGCUCUGGCUUUGGCGCGUGAGAUCACACAACACAGCAAACCUGUUGUGAGUAUGGGCAAACAAACACUGGACAAACAGGCUGCGUUGGAAUCGAUCGACGAGGCCUAUUCGGUGGCCGCACAAACCAUGCUGGACAAUUUGGAGCUGGAGGAUACAAAACGGGGCAUUCAAUCAUUUAUCCGGAAAAGGUCCAUGCCCAAAUGGACUCAUAAGUCCAAUUGA